GUCGUUCGACGUUUUUGCUAUAAAUCACUUGACUGCCAAAGGACGUCGAUCAACGUUUUUUUAGUUCAAGGUCUUAUAGCAGAUGGCGUGGCGAUUUGAGCUCAUAGAAUCAAUGUAUGACUCAUGUGGCAUCAAGCAGACGAUCGAAAGUGUGCGUAAGCAUUACGAGGCGACGUCAUUGGCCAAAAAUGGCGGGCAGGAGAGGGAAAACUUUCACUGUGGAAGAAGUCGCUGAGAUUUGCGCUGAUUCUGGUUCGGAAAGCGAUCCUUUUGGCGAUGAUUCAGACACUGAAUAUGAUUGUGAUGUUGAGGAAGGCCUUGAUACAGGAGUUCUUUGAGAAGAGAAAAUACAUCAGUAAAGUGAGACGUGCCCAACCAUAUUCAUCCCCAACAAGAAAAGGGGUCAGUCUCGAUCUUCAGUUCAUUCAAACUGUUGAGAGGACUCAUGGACCACAGAACCGAGUUUCCUCUACUGUUGUAAGGAAACCUGUUGUUGUUGAUUUGGAGGGGCAUGCCUCAAUACCAAGACCUCCAAGAAGACAGGAAAAUCUUGAACUGCCAAACAUGUCUCCAGUCAAAACUGUUUCAGUGUUGCAGCUUGCUUCUGCAACUGAGAGAUUAAAUGCCAAUGGGUCCCAAUGUGCACACAGGGAAAUUGACAACAAGUUAUACAGAGCAUGGGAACCUGGAGACAACUAUCACAUGAAGGAAAGUAAACUAAAACAUUCUGGAUCCCUCAUCUCAAGCCAUGGACCAGUAGUUUACAGAACUCCACAUUCAACAGAAAGCCUUGGAACCAAGAUGAACAGGAAUGGUCACAUUUUCGAUUCAGCUCCCAAGAGUUGUCAGCAGUUGCACUCUCUCUCAGAUGUUGAAUUGGAGACUCCAUACCUCUACCUCAAUAACGGUUCACAAGUUGGACUUUGUACAAUCCAAGAGGAGGGUGCUCAAUCAAAAUCAGUUCACCCCAAGUCUUCCGGAAUGGGGAGUUCAGAAGAAGAUAGAAACAAUGCUAAGCUAGGGAAAAGAGCGUUGUAUACUGUGAGUGAAGACUUCCAAAUGACGCCUUUGAAGAGAUACCAUGAGCCAACCAAGAAACAUAAGGAUCAUCACCAAGGCUGUCAUGAAGCAGUAUUUGGAACCGAGAGAGCUUUGUUUGAUCAAUGGGAUGGCUCAAGGAGAAGCUCGCAUUUGAAUUGGCAAAAGACGUCAGUCAGAGAUGAUGAGGAUGACAAUCGGUGUGCUGAAGACAACAAGAAGAAACUUCGGUCCGGGAAUGUGAAGGGGGCAGGCAAUGGGCAUGAAUGGGACAGGUUAAGGAUUCAUGAGAAUUUGAACAAGAAGCACAGCAAUCAAACCAAAAAGAUGGAGAGUGAGCAUUUGGGUGAUGGUGAACAUCCAUUUGGGUUUAGGAGUGAUUACCAAAGAGACAAUAGACGCAAACACAAUGUGAUUGAGCGAGAUGAGAGACAAGACUUAUACCAAAAUGAUGAAGUCAAACCUGGCACCUGUGAUAAGAGAGCCAAGAGAGAAAAAAGACAUCGCUUUGAUGAAUAUUAUGAAAAGAGACGAUCAAAUUCUGGAGACAUGAAGACUUGCAGUCAGGAUUUCGAUCAAGGUGUCAAAAGAAUCAAAGAUGACAGAAAGCCCAGAACUAGGACAGAUUCCUUUCUCCCUAAGCAAAAGAUGCAGAAACUGCUAACCUCUACCCCUGUACCAGAUUCAAGAAUUGAUCUCACUCCUCUGGAAGAACUGAUGGAUGAUACAGCUUUCAAUAAGAAACAUCCUCGACCACUCCAUGACAAUGUCAUUGAAGACAAAGAUGAGGGCCUUAAUCAGGAUUUAGGAAUGAAAAGAGGAGUAUGUCCUCCUGUAGUAAAUAAUAGCGUACUUGAAAGGGAAUCUUAUGUUGAAGACACCUUGGCAAUGCCAAUCUACAAAGAAAGACUCUUCUCACUUCUUGGUAUGUCGCAACCCACUACAGAACAAAGUGCAUCACCAUGGCUUCACGGUCAGAGAAUUGAUAAUGUUCAGCACCCAGUUGAGAGGAGGACAAAACCCAAAUCACAUGGCAGCACAGAUUUAAACAAGCAAGUGAGGACAAGUAUAGAACAAAGCAAACUUGGCAGGAACAGAGAAGUUUGCCGACUUGAAAACUGUAGUGAUAAAGCUACUCAUUGCAGCAACGACAAAGGGAAAAUUGCUUCAGACAACGACCUGAAAUCUGAAAAUUCAUGUGAAGCAUUUGCAGGAGAUGAAACCAAUCUGGUUUCAAAGGAAGUCUCAACAGAAGAGAAACUUGCUAAACCAUUGAUUGAUCCUCGUGAUCAGUGCACCUCCAAAGAGCCAGACAGGCCUUUUGGGUCAAAUUCUUCCAUCAAAGUUGUCUCUGAAGACCAAGGGCAGGUUGUUCGACAUUCAGUGCUGGUGUAUAACGCAGCGAAGAAGCUUGAAAGCGUGGAGAUAGAAUGCUCUUGGAAUUCAUCCAAUGGAAGCCAAGGGAACAGGACAAAGAAAUACAGAAAAGGACAACAGUCCUCAGCACAAGACGCACUGGAUGAGUUGUUGCAACUUGAUGACAUGUGUAAUGAUGCAGAGAUGGAUGAAGAGUUGAAUUUGGAGGAACAAUUGGAAAGGGAAACAAAAUGUGCUAAAGAAUUUCAAGAACCUGAGACAGCUAUUGAUGAAAGAGUACUGACCUUCAUGACAUCUGUGCAAGCAACUGGCAAGGACGCCUCAGAAUCUCUUCGUCAUGAUGAAAACUUUGUAAAGACUAUUGAUAAGUAUAUUCCGGUGGAAUUAGGGAAGGAUGCUGUUUUUCAAAAUGAUGUGAAAGAUGUUGUUCCAAAUAGUCAGAUUUCCUCUCAGUUGACAUUUGAGGCCAUGCAGCUUGAGUAUUAUAGUAAUUUGAUGAAAAUAACACCAGUUAAAAGGAAGUGUGUGCCACCAGGGUCCGACAGAUCUGCUUCUACUGGUGAGAAGGUAAAACAGGAGCCUACUGGAGAGUCGGCCUUGCAACAAAAGUUUGACCAGCUCAACGUGUUUCAGGAUACCUUCAAUAAGGAUGCGACACCGCGAAGUGAUUGUGAUAAGAUUGAGUCAUUUUCAAGUGUGCUAAAAAGUCCACAACCUGUUUUGAUGACUCCACCAGAGAGUAUUGUCAAAGAGACAGUUCCAGAAGCCGUUCCUGUCACAGUUCUGUCACCUGUCUGUGACGUCUCAACAUCAGUCUGCUCUCUCUCAGACCCCAUCCAUGAAAAGUGUCCUUUUGACAAGAGUAGAAUUUUGAAUGUGUAUAAGAUUCCAGAAUGCACCUCAAGCCCACCUUCCAUAAAGGACAAGCAAGUGACGAGGGAGGAUGAAAUAAAGGCAGACAUUCAGCUCAAGCAUUUGAUGAUGCAUGCCAAGGUAGAAUAUAUUGAACAAACGCAAAAAGGCGCCAAUGAAUCUAAGUUGGAAUCUCCAUGUCGGCUACCCAAGCUAGAAACAACAGCAUCUCCUUUAAAAAGAUUUUCAGACAUUGGCAUAACAUGUGACAUUUUGUCUGACAUUGAUAAAGUGUCUCCAAUGAUGAAGGAUGUUGGGGUCUCCUGCAACCUGCUGGUUGCUCCAGAAUUUGAAAAGCGCACAAACACUGAACCUUGUGUUUCAGGCAGGUCUAUCCAGACUGACGCAUUGAUCCUCUUUGAUAGAAGUGCUAAUACUGAAGCUGUGGUACUUGCAAGCUCAUCAACUCAGGUGUCUCCUCUUGAAAGUAAUGGACCAGCCAAUUUGGCUUUGAAGGAUGACGGCACUUACAUCAUCACAGCACUGAAGCCCUGCAUGAAUAAUGCCUCAGAAUCUCCAGGUCCACCACUUCCUCUGGCCUCUCAGGCUGAAGUGCUCUCUUCUAGUAUUCCAUUUGAGAACAUCCCUGUUUCAGACUGGUCUACACAGAAUGUGACUAAAUUGCCGUUUGAGGACAUCCUUGUCUCGGACCUGUCUACUCGGAAUGUGACUAAAUUGCCGUUUGACGAUAUCCUUUGCUCGGACCUGUCUGCUCAGAAUGUGACGAAAUUACCAAGUCAGGUAGAUGCUUGCAAUACGUCAGAAAUUGAAGAUGGAAUGCUUUCCAAAAAGAACAUUGAAUUUUACUCUGAUUUUGAGACACAGUUUGUGGAAUUAGAAGACUCCACAGAUCCACCUGUGGCGGAUAUAAUGGAUACGAAAUUAGAAAACAUGUCCGGUGAAACUACUGUGGUGCAAGGAUGUCUUGGUAUACCAACUGAAGAGACCAACAAAGAUAAUCCGCUGGAUGAUAGUGAGGUCGGUGAUGGACUCCUUCGAGCUUGGGACACAUUGGUUGACCCACCUGGGUCAUCCAGUUUCAAAGAUUUUAGGGUAGAUGUCACAACCACGUCUAACCAAGAGAAAGACAACUGCUAUAGGGUAGAUUCGGAUGAGUGUUCAAUGGAGACAGGAGAAGAAAAAAAAGGAGGCCUUGAUAUGACAACCAAAGAAAGCAAAGAAGACAAUGCACUGGAUGAUAGUGUGGCCGGUGAUGGACUCUGUCAAGUUAGGGACACAACGGCAGAUCCAUCCAGUUCUGAAGAUUUGAUGUUAGAUGUCGCAACCGCGUCUGAUCAAGAGAAAGACAGCUACAAUAGCGAAAAUUUAGAGGAGUGUCUAAUAGAGAAAGGAGAGACAGCCAUUGCCACUUGUACCUGUCAGGAGUUGUCAGUGGUCACACCCAGUAUGUCAUCUAAUAUUGGCCAAAAAUGCCCAGCAGAUGAAGCGGUUGAACUCUCUUCUCAAACAGAAAGAGUCAUAGAUGUAGUCGUAGAUCUAAAAAGAUUUCAUGAUGAACAAUUUUCUCACUGUCCCGAGAAGGACAUGGUUGCUGAAAAUCCUCAAAAGGUCGGAUGUGCGGAAAACCACUGUCAACAUCCCGUUGUAAGCAUGAAAGACCAAACAAUGGUUGUGAACGAAGAAUUUGAGGACAGAUCCAUGUUGUCCACAGAAUCUGAUCAUGAAGGGGACAUCAACUCCACUCCUGUCUUCGAGGUUCCUGAAUCAUCUGAUUUCCAAGAAACCGUGAUAACUGAGACUCCUGUCUUUGGUGGUGAUGCAAGCCCUGUGUUCGGGAGACUAGAUAUGACGGCUUUGAGGCCCGUCUCCAGAGAAGAGGAGGAACUACUUUUGAGUCCUGUCUUCAGAAAGGAUGACGGGGAGUUAUGUUUCAGUCCAGUGUACACAAAGAAGGAAGCAUUUUUCAGUCCAGCCAAGGAGGAAUCGUUCAGUCCAUGCUCUAGAGAGGGGAGUAAGGAAACCUCAAGCGUUGUGUUGGAAACAGAGAAGGAAAACGAAGACACGACAAGCUCUAGUGAUGAUUCUGCUGUGACAGGAAGGACACAAACCAAUGACAAGAGAAAUCGGGAUAACCAACGUGAGCCCAGUCAUGACAGCUUGGUAUCUGGUCUCAUACAUUUGAGAAAUAUCCCAAAAACGGAAGUACAAGAGUGUUAUGGUUGUGACGAUUUUAGUGGAGAAUCCAAAAGUAAUGUUGCUGAAGCAAUGGUGAUGGUUGACUCAAAGACAGAAGUUUCUCCAGGUGCGCUCUUUCAACAGCCUUUUGAUAUAAAGUCUGCAAUUGGGAUUUUAGACCAGAAUAUCAGUCAUUGUCUGGAGUAUGCUGAUGAGAAUGGACACAGAGAUGAGGAACUUGAGGAAGUUGAGAGAGAUUCAGCAUUGAGCAUGGCAGAAUGUGAAAACUCAGUUGCUGGAAAAAGUGCAAGUACAUAUAGAGCAGAACGGCAUUCAAGGAUUAAAAAAAAUAAUUGUUCUGCACUUGCUGAUAAAAGGAAUGUUGAAGUUUUGUACGCAAGGAGUUCGUCCGAUGAGGUCACUACACCAAGAAGUAAGCUGCGUUUGAAGAGAUUUUCCAUAGUUGCUGAAGGAGGUCAAAAGAUGGGGAAAAAAUCCAGUGUCUCUCCCAGAGGAGCAAAAGUCGUCAAAAAGUCAUCAGAACAGAAAACAAAGAGACUGGGUCGGUCCUUUAGACUGUACUCGGGAGGAGCAAUAUUUGGUGAGGAUCUUCCAGAAGUGAGUGAUGCUCCAAAAGCUGCUGAGCCUGGGAUGACGUGUGGUUGGUCUUUGAGACAGAAUGAUGAGUUAAAAGAAAUCAGGAAAGAGAUAGAUAAAAUCAGAGCCAAAAACAAUGACAGUAUUUGGCAAACUGAAAGACGUGAUAGGUUUGCUGGGGUGACAUUAAAUGACACCAGCUUUGAAGUGAAAGUUCGCCGGGAUGAUAUUCAAAAUGAUAGAUGCUUCACCCCCUGUGGUGAGGAAAGGCGAUGCAGUGAUGAAGACAGAAACUGCAUUGUUGGUGAAGAUGGGACCAGGGAUAAGGUAAGAAGCUGCAGUGUUGGUGGAGAUGGGCCCAAUAAGGAUAACGUUAGUAGCUGCCGUGUUGGUGCAGAUGUGAGCAGGGAUGAAAACAGUUGCAGUCUUAGCCGGAAUGAGGAUAAAAGCUGCAGUGUUGAUAAAGAUGAGAAUAGGCCAGACGGAAGAAUUAGCUGUGUCGGUGAGGACAGAACCAUUGAGGAGGGAAGAGCUUGUAAAAUUGGUGAGGAUGUGAUCAAACACACCAGAGGUAAAGAAAUACGGAGGAGCAUUGAUGGCGAUGAUACGAGUUGCAGCGUAGAUGAAGAGGAGAGCUGGGUUGAGGACAGAGGUUGCGAUAUCGAUGUGAAAAUGGAUGAGGGUGAUGUGACGACGACAUAUGGUCCUACAGCGGCUAGAAUCGGUUGUGACUAUGAUGAAAGCAUUGAAACGAAACAGAAAAAUCAUAAAUCUCCUUGGACAGAAGAUGAUGAGAGCAGUGUGGGUUCCGUCGAUGAUGGUGAUAAAACUGAAACUGGCUGGGAACAGUCAGGUUUUGAGGGAGAAUUUGAGGAAUGGGGCAUCAUUGGAGUUGGGACACACAAUACCGAUUCCUCAGAGGGAAUGCCCAGGUACAGACUCCGUUCCCAACUUCCUCAGCCGUCAAACACAUGCUCUAUGCAUUAGGUCAACUCGGGAUUGACUGUUUUUGCAUUGAGUAAUAAAAUAUCACUUUUGCAGUUACAUGUACUAGUAUUUGUGUAGACUUGUGACUAUGAUAGUGAUUUUCCCAACAUUGAGUUUGACACGUUUUUACAUUGUCAAUCGUCAGUUACCGCGUGAUUCCUUCACAUUUCUUGCGUUGUAUGUAGUAUGAUGACGCACUAUCAUUGAGAAAUACAUGUAUAUUUGUUAA